AUGGAAGAUGUAGCAUAUGAUUGUCUCACUGAACUGGUGGAAAGAUCUAUGGUUCAAGUUGUAAAUUAUGGUUUAACUGGAAAGGUGAAAACUUGUCGUCUCCAUUAUCUUAUGCGAGACUUGUGCUUGCAAAAGGCAAAAGAGGAGGACUUCCUCGAUGUUGUUGACUUUUCUACGGGUCGAAGACUAACCGGUAAUAAGGUUGGAAGACUUGUCCUUUAUCUGGACCACGAAUCUGAAUGUGAGUUCAGCGGUAAGGGUGGAAGAAAUGGCCACAUUAGGUCUCUAUUAUACUUUAACCCCCCACGCUUCCGAUGGAGCAAAAGAGUGAUAAGAUCAGUAUUCAACGACUUCAGAUUGCUUAGAGUCUUGAAGUUUGAAAAUUUACGUAGAGAAUUCGAGUUACCGAAGACGAUUGGGAACCUAGUCCACUUGAGGUUUCUAAGUCUGAGGGAUAGCGAAUUUCGUGCGUUGCCAUCAUCUGUAUAUAAGCUGAUACUUUUGCAGACUCUAGAUCUGCGUGGCCAUUUCAAAUAUGGAUGGAGGAUAAUCAAAAUCACAAAUGUAUUUUUGAAUAUGGAGCAACUGAGGCAUUUAUAUUUACCUGCGGAGCACACUGUAAGCGGUCGGAAACUGUCAUUUGCAAAGCUGUGCAAUUUGCAGACGUUGGUCAAUGUUAGAAUUGAGAAAUGUAAUUUGAAUGAUCUUGUUCGGCUACCCAAUCUGAAAAAAUUAGGCAUAAUUGCAUCACGAUCUAGUCAGUUGGAAAAGUUGAAAGAAAUGUUGGUAUCAGAAAAGUUACCGGAAAAGCUCCGGGGCUAUCCAGACCUCACCAAGAUAACACUGCGUAGCACAAAACUGAAGGGUGACCAGAUAGAAAUAGUGGAGAAGCUGCCAAAGUUAAGGGUGCUUUACCUUGGUUUUAACUCUUUCGAGUCAGAAACAAUGGUUUUCUCCCAAGGAGGCUUUCCUCAUCUGGAAUUUCUUACCCUUAGAGCAUUGUUCGAUCUCAAGGAGUGGAGGGUGGAGAAAGAAGCCAUGCCUUGUCUUCACAGAUUGCGCAUUGAAUGGUGCGACGAAUUGCAGGCAAUUCCAGAUGGGCUUCAGGAUGUUACUACCCUCAAGGAAUUAACGAUUAACGGGAUGCGCAGAAGAUUCUGCAGGAGGGUUGAGGAAGGAGGAGAGGAUUUCUACAAAAUCAAACAUGUGCCUUCUCUUAUUAUCACAAAUAUUGAUCUCCUCCUCCACCUGCUGAUGAGAAAACAGAGGAAAUACAAGCUUCUUCCACUUCUAACCUCCCUUGUCAAUAAAUCCACAAGCCGCUGCUUUCUCAAUAUUUAUUCGCAACUUCAGCCUUUACUGUACAGGUUUAAGUUCUUCCCUUAUGAACCAAACAUUGGGGUCAUGACAAUCAAGAAUUACAUCAAAGGCUUGGUUCAGGAGGAUACGGACAAAGCUGUCCUGAUUGUUCAACAAAAUCUGACUCGUUUUGCAAAGCGCUUCAUAAGUGAAUUGAGAAUUUGA